CAAAUCUGGUGGUCAAGAUAAAUAAUAAUAAUAAAUAAAGUUCUCCUGCUGACUAAUAAUAUGACAAACCUGUGACCUUUCUAACAUCCUGUCAACAUUAGCUGAUUCCCUGACCACACGAAUACUGUGUCCUUGGCCUGCGUAAAUGUUUCACAUUUCCACCCUCCCUCUGUUACCCAUGUUAUGGUAUAAAUUCAGCCUUGGAGAAAAAUAAAAUUGUCGCCUUGAUCAGACUCUUGUCUUGGCGUCCUUCGUGUCUCUUGUUCUCCGUUCUCUUCCAGGUACACCCAACACCCUUCACUUACAAAUGUUUUGGCCCUGAUAUUUGCCAUCGAGGGGAUUAACAGAAACUCCCAAAUUUACUAAAUACCUCUCUGGGAUUUGAAGUAUAUAAUCUUCUGCAUUUUGAAUGGAAUAUUCUGAAAAGAUUAUUUUAUUGGCUCACCGAUUUGAGCAUCUUCAUCCCUAAUUAUAGGUGUAGAAAAGAGAGCAAAUCAGCUGCUGCACUUACUGGAAUAUCAUGGGAAACUUCUAAACUUAUAGGGACAGUGCUGCAUCUUUACAAAUUUCCUCAGAUGCGAACUCUCAUCUGUUUAAUUGCAACCCCUUCCUGCCUAACUGAAUCAGGAUACCUCCUACACCAGGAUGGAGCUGUGGUCAUUGGUGCAUUUUUUCCUGUUUUAAAGUCCGUGCCUGUAAGUGAAAUAAUAGAUUGGAAAACAUUAUCUUUUGACACACACAAUUCUUUAUGGAUAAAUGCACAAAUGUACCAACUUGUUUUGGCCAUGAUAUUUGCGAUCAAUGAGAUCAAUGUGAAGUCCCAUAUUUUACCAAACACCUCUCUGGGACUUGAGAUUUAUAAUCUGCCACAUUUUGAACGGAAUAUUCUGAGGAGUGCACUAUCUUGGCUCACAGGCUUGAGCAAAUUCAUUCCUAAUUACACUUGCAGAAAGGAUAGCAAAUCAGCUGCUGCACUUACUGGAAUAUCACGGAAAACAUCUGAGACCUUUGGGACUUUGUUGGACAUUUACAAAUUUCCUCAGCUUAAUUUUGGGCCGUGUGAUCCUGUUCAGAUAGGCAGAAACCAGUUUCCAUCUGUGUACCAGGUGGCCCCCAAAGACACACCUCUGUUCUGUGGUAUCACCUCUUUGAUGCUUCAUUUCAACUGGACCUGGGUGGGACUGCUAAUCACAGAUGACAACAGAGGUUCUCAGUUUCUAUCAGAGUUAAGAAAGGAGCUGGACAAGAAUAAAAUCUGCAUAGCCUUUGUGGAAACAGUAAUAUUUUUGGGGGAAUCAUUGCAUUGUCCGCUAACCCACAAUCAGAUGCAGACUCUAGAGUCAUCAGCAAAUGUGAUUAUAGUUUAUGGACAUUUUGCUUUUCAAUUAAUUGUAAUACAAAGUAAACACAGAAAGUAUGAAAUGAAAAAGAUUUGGGUCAUAACCUCAAAAUGGGUUGGCCAAAAAAUUGAACAAUAUACCAUGUUAGAAUUGGCCCAUGGCACUCUCACUUUCUCACCCCAUCAUGGGGAGAUUUCUGAUUUCACAAAUUUUAUGCAGGAAGUCACCCCUAUCAAGUAUCCAGAAGACAUUUUUCUUCACAUCUUGUGGAACCAGUAUUUCAGUUGUCCACUUUUGCAUUCUGAGUGUAAAAUCUUUGAAAACUGUAUACCCAAUGCCUCUUUGGAAUUGUUGCCAGGGGGUGUUUUUGAGCUAGUCAUGACUGAAGAGAGUUACAAUGUGUACAAUGCUGUGUAUGCAGUGGCCCACAGUCUCCAUGAGAAGGCUCUCCAUCAAGUAGAAAUUCAACCACAGGAUAAUAAAGAUAGGACUAUAUUAUUUCCUUGGCAGCUUCACCCUUUUCUGAAGAACAUUCAGCUGAUAAAUUCUGUUGGUGAUUGUGUGAUUCUGGACUGGAAAAAGAAGACGGAUACAGAGUAUGAUAUCUCCAAUAUUUGGAAUUUCCCAACAGGUCUUUCCUUAUUAGUGAAAGUGGGUACAUUUGCUCCAAGUGCUCCCAAGGGGCAACAACUUUCGAUAUCUGAACACAAAAUUAACUGGCCCAUAGGAUUUACAGAGAUUCCAAAGUCUGUAUGCAGUGAGAGCUGCAGUCCUGGACACAGGAAAGUCAUCCUGGAGAGCAAGCCUGCCUGUUGCUUUGACUGCACUCCUUGCCCAGAUAAAGAGAUUUCCAACGAGACAGAUGUGGGUCAGUGUGUGAAGUGUCCUGAAUCUCAUUAUGCAAAUACAGAGAAGAGUCACUGCCUGAAGAAGACUAUGACCUUUCUGGAUUAUAAUGAUUCCUUGGGGACGGGACUCACACUCAUGUCUCUGGGAUUCUUUGUUGUCACAGGUCUUGUUAUUGGGGUUUUUAUAAUCCACAGAAACACUCCAAUUGUGAAGGCCAAUAAUAGAUCUCUCAGUUAUAUCCUGCUCAUCACUCUCACUCUCUGUUUCCUUUGUCCCUUGCUCUUCAUUGGGCUUCCAAACACAGCCACAUGUAUCCUACAGCAGAACUUGUUUGGACUUCUCUUCACUGUGGCUCUAUCCACAGUGUUGGCCAAAACUAUCACUGUAGUUAUGGCAUUCAAGAUUACUGCUCCAGGAAGAAAGACAAGAUGGUUGCUGAUAUUAAGAGCCCCUCAGUUCAUCAUUCCACUUUGUGCCCUGAUGCAAAUCCUUUUCUCUGGGAUAUGGCUGGGAACAUCUCCUCCAUUUGUUGACAUGGAUGCUCACUCUGAACAUGGGCACAUCAUCAUUCUAUGCAACAAGGGCUCAGCUAUUGGCUUCUACUGUACUCUGGCCUACCUGGGAGUCAUGGCCUUUGGUAGUUACCUCUUGGCUUUCAUGUCCAGGAAUCUUCCUGACACAUUUAAUGAAUCCAAGGCCCUGGCUUUCAGCAUGCUGAUGUUCUGCAGUGUCUGGGUCACAUUCCUCCCUGUCUACCACAGCACCACUGGGAAGGUCAGGGUGGCUAUGGAAAUGUUUUCUAUCUUGGCUUCCAGUGCAAGCAUUCUAACCCUAAUCUUUGUCCCUAAGUGCUACAUUGUUUUGUUCAGACCAGAGAGGAACAUACUUCCUCUAAACAGAGAAAAAAGACAGCAUAGGAGUAAAAAUCCUGAAACAUAGCAGUCAAAACAAACAUUGGCCUAGCACAAAAUGUCUGAUUGUUGACAUUUCUCCUGCUAUAUAAACAAUUAGUCCUUUGACUUUGAGGACAGGAUCACAUGAGACAGACUGGUGAUAUUGCUUCAAAUUAUGUAAAAUAUGUGAAAUGGUUAUAUUGACCAAUAAAAUACUUGUUCUUGUAUGA